AUGAACCCAAAGCAACCACAAGCAAGACAACAAUUAUACCUAUCGAAACUCACACAAAAUGGUCAACGUUUAGUAGCCCCACGUAAAAAAGCAAACAUCCAAUCUGGUGACAUGCAUCCUGCGUUGAGAAAGAACAUCAUCAAGGUAAAUGGUAGCGUCUAUCGGUACAGCCACGGUAAAAGCAGCACACCACAAAACACCACAUCACCGAGAACGGUCCACACGGAACCUAUCGUACUACCGUCAAUCCGGAGGAAAGUCCAGGAGUACCUGGAGCGAGAUUUGAAAGACGGAACGGCGUUACCAAACCGUCACCAUCACAAUGAAACCGUUAGUAUUGCAACAGGGGUUGAGUUUCUGGAGCAGAAACCAGUAGCGCUCAUCAAGUCAGAACCGGAAUAUCCCGGAGCUGGUGACUUGCAACCGUUCCCCAAACGAGCUUUACCUCAGUGGACGAGUACACGAGGAGGAACCAACGGAAAGAAUAACAAGACCCAUCGGCUACAACCACUCGCCAAACAGGGUCAUGAAACCGGUCAUUCUACUCACAGACAAGACUUACCAACUCUACAUCAAAUGAGCUCAUUGCAUGCUUUUAACAGUGCUAAGAUUGAAGAGUUCAAAUGGUGGCAUGAGAGGAUGCGGAAUCUGAGUGACGAAGAGAGAUUACUUGCUCCGCCUAACUCAGCCCUGGUACCCACGCCCAAGCAGUUACCAGCAGUUCAUGAACACGGUCUUGACAAUCCCAUUGCGAGGCCGACUAUAGCCUCGACAAGGAAGAACUCAAAACGAAACACAAAGAAGCAAAAGACAACGAGAUCAACAAGCUAUGGAGUUACCUCUGAUGGCAAAUCGAAACACUUGAAUCAACCGGGUAUGAUAGUCAUCCAUCAGACCCAACAAUCUAUCCCUCGAGACCCACACCUUAAUCACCACGAGGAGGAACAAAGGAACGUGCAGAUCGUGCAACAGAAGAACAAUCAAAAUGCAUUCAAGGCUAACUUGAUUGAAGUACAUGUUCCUGACACAUUAACUGACUCAUCGGGUUCCCUCAAAGAUCUAAGAAAACGGGAGCGAGUGAAGCAGUGGUUAGCGGAUUGCGAACACGCCGUGGAUGGCACUGCAGUUAACCACUGGUUCCGGUUACCGGAACGCGACUCUGCCGGAUCACGUUGUAGUACGUGCGAGAGGGAAUUCACUAGGUCGAAGAGAGAGAAUACCGGAAUAUCAGCAAGGCCGAGUGUGGACUUCACCAAAGCGAGGAGUGCACGAGAUGACGGGAAUUGA